AUGGGUUCCAUUCAAAUUUACCCUGAUAUACUUCCUAUGGACAAUGUCUUGCCUGUUGCAGACAAUACUGGCCCCAACAGGCCUGAUCAGACAUACAUAUCUUCCAGACGCAAACCGUGGGACAACCGUUUAAAAUACAAGCUCUAUGGAGAGGAUACCCUGACCAUAAAUACAAUGGAAGAAUGGCAGAGUAUAAAAAACUACAAUUUUGUUUUGAACGGUAUUCCUACUCUUAAUCAGAUCCUAAGCCUCUACACCGAGCCCUUUGGUCUCCCUCAAUUUGAAGCAUAUUUGGAGCAAUCGGACAAAAUUGGACUUCAAAACCUUAAAUUCUUACUUGAACUAAAGGCCCACGGAAGACUCUGGGAAGCGCUCCAAAUAACAAGAUUGCACCUAAGUAAUAGCUCAGUUUCAGCACCUUUGGCUAUACAGUCAAAGCUUCCCCGCGUUUUUGGGCACCCCUCAACAGAUACACUCCCACCUACGGUUUACAAAAGCCACCAUAUUAAUCAAAAUGACCUUACUCAAAAUGCAACCAGAAUUUACCGCAAAUACUGUCAACAAACCCCCUUGAUUUCCAUAUCUCCGGAGACUCAAGAGACUCUUUAUGAAGUGGUUCUAAUUCGUAAUAUCUCUGACCCACUCAUCUUUGAACAUGCGCGAACCCAGGUCACCCUCGCACUUGAUCACUUUUAUUAUCCCCGUUUCAUUGAUUUUAUUCUAUCCACAAACCUAUCUGUGACAAGUGCCAGAAUCCUCUUAGUUGCCGGUCUAUUCUUUCUCUGGGCUGGACUCAGUCUUGAACUGUCACUGAUAUUCCUUGGGGAGAACAAUAACGUGAGUCGGUGGUGGGGUUUGAUCCCUUUUGAACUUUCUUGGGCAGCACUUUUACCGGGAAUGACAAGAUUUGGGUGGUGGAUGGUGGCAAUCAAAAGGAGGGAGUAUACUCACAUUGACGAUGCUGUAAUGCGAGAGCAUAAAAGACGUGCCUUUUUAUGGCUGGUCAUCAGCCUUAUGCUGGGACUCAUCAGCACAAUUUUGGUUGUCUUUAUCCCUGCGUACAGAAUAUCAGAUAACAGUUGA